AAGGAAAGAAGGUCCAACUCUUAAAGCCUCCAAGGUCAAGGUCCUGAAACCUGUAUCAAAAAAUUCAGAGGAGAGUUCGAAUGGAGGAGGGAUUUGAGUAACAACAAUCCACCGACUGGUUGUCAGAGUCUGGUACUGCAAGCUAUAACGCUAUUUUCUCAAAUACUAACGGGUAGAAAAGCACAGACUCGUUUCCUUUGAGCGCACAAGCACCAUGAGCAGCUCUACCAAAUCCAGAAACUUCCGCCGCCGAGGCGAUGACUAUGAUGAUAACAACGAUACUAGCACCAACAUUCACAGCUCCGUCCCUUCUUCCGCUGUCUCGCGUAAACCUUCUGCCUCUUCCUCUUCUUCCAAACCCAAGAAGCUCCUCAGCUUUGCCGACGACGAAGACGACGAUACCCCAUCUUCCCGCAUCUCCUCCUCCAAAUCUUCUGCUUCUCAGAAACCUUCUUCGCGCCUCACCAAACCCAGUUCUUCUCACAAGCUCACCGCCUCCAAGGACCGUCUACCUCCUACCCCAUCGUCUACCGCCUCCAAUGUGUUUCCCCAAGCAGGAACUUACACCAAAGAAGCCCUUCUUGAGCUCCAAAAGAACACCCGCACCCUCGCUAAACCCACGUCUUCCGCUUUGAAGACUCCUUCCUCAUCUACUUCUGAGCCCAAAAUCAUUCUCAAGGGCCUCCUCAAACCCGCCCAGGAAGACCCUGUCUCGCAAACCCUAAAACAAUCCCAACAAUUAGGCUCCGAGGAAGAAGACCAACAGCCAGAAGAUAGUAACAGGAAUGAUGCGGAAAAUCGAUUGGCAUCAUUGGGGUUGGGGAAGUCGAAGGAUUAUUCGUUGAUUCCAGACGAGGAGACUAUCAAGAAGAUCAGGGCAAAAAGGGAGCGGAUGAGGCAGUCGAGGGCAGCUGCUCCCGAUUAUAUAUCCUUGGAUGGAGGUUCUAACCAUGGAGCGGUAGAAGGCUUGAGCGAUGAGGAGCCCGAGUUUCGGACGCGGAUUGCCAUGAUUGGCAAGAAAGAGACCAGUAGCAGCAGUCACGGUGUGUUUGAGGAUUUUGACAAUGACGGUGAUGACAAUGGUCAUAUCAAAGCAAUGAUUGGUAUCACUGCUGCUAGAUAUCCCAAUAGUCAAGUUAUUGUGGAGGAUGGUACUGGUGGUGUCGACGAUGAGGAUGAGGAGGACAAGAUGUGGGAGGAAGAGCAAUUCAGGAAGGGUUUAGGGAAGAGAAUGGACGAUGGGUCUGGUACUAACAGGGUCUUCACUAGUGGUACUACUUCUGUGGUGCAAAAUCAGCAGCCACAACAGCAGCUGCAGAGACCGGUUAUGUAUGGUUCUUUUCCAAGCAUUGGAGGGGCAUCUGUAGCAUCUCAAGGUUUAGAUGCCUUGUCCAUACCGCAACAGGCUGAGAUUGCUACGAAAGCUUUGCAGGAUAAUAUCAGGAGGCUUAAGGAAUCUCAUAGUAGAACAGUUUCGUCACUGACAAAGACUGAUGAGAAUUUAUCUGCCUCAUUGAUGAAUAUUACUGCUCUUGAAAGAUCUCUAUCUGCUGCUGGUGAGAAGUUCAUCUUUAUGCAAAAGCUUCGUGACUUUGUUUCUGUUAUAUGUGAAUUUCUGCAGCAUAAAGCUCCUUACAUUGAGGAAUUGGAAGAACAGAUGCAGAAGCUUCAUGAACAGCGUGCUUCUGCAAUUGUAGAAAGAAGAACUGCUGAUAAUGACGAUGAAAUGAUGGAGGUGGAAGCCGCUGUAAAGGCAGCGAUGUUGGUUUUCAGUGAACGGGGCAGUAGUGCAUCAUUUAUUGCUGCUGCUACAAGUGCAGCCCAAGCUGCAUCAGCUACCAUGAAAGAACAAGCUAAUCUUCCUGUGAAGUUGGAUGAAUUUGGUAGAGACAUCAACCAACAGAAACGUAUGGAUAUGAAGAGGAGGGCUGAGGCCCGUCACCGUAGGAAAGCUCGAUUUGAGUCAAAGAGAUUGUCUUCCAUGGAGGUAGAUGGUUCUGAUCAGAAAAUAGAGGGAGAAUCAAGCACAGAUGAGAGUGACAGUGAAAGUGCAGCUUACCAGUCAAACCGUGAUUUGUUGCUUCAGACUGCAGAUCAAGUAUUUGGUGAUGCUUCUGAAGAAUAUUCUCAACUGUCAGUUGUUAAAGAAAGGUUUGAAAGGUGGAAAAGAGAAUAUUCAACAAGCUAUCGAGAUGCAUACAUGUCACUAAGCGCACCUGCCAUCUUCUCUCCCUACGUGAGACUAGAACUUCUAAAAUGGGAUCCUCUCCACGAGGAUGCUGAUUUUUUUGAUAUGAAAUGGCAUUCCCUGCUGUUUAAUUAUGGUUUGCCAGAAGAUGGAAGUGAUCUAAGUCCUGAUGAUGCUGAUAGCAAUCUUGUUCCAGAACUAGUAGAAAAGGUUGCAAUUCCUAUUUUGCAUCAUGAAAUUGCCCACUGUUGGGACAGGCUCAGUACCCAAGAAACAAAAAAUGCUGUUUAUGCCACAAGCUUGGUAACAAAUUAUGUUCCAGCUUCAAGUGAGGCUCUAGCAGAGCUAUUGGUUGCAAUCCACGCACGUCUAGCUGAUGCUGUUGCUAACAUUAUGGUCCCAACAUGGAGCCCGCUUGUACUUAAGGCUGUGCCAAAUGCUGCACGAGUAGCUGCAUAUCGGUUUGGGAUGUCAGUUCGUUUGAUGAAAAAUAUCUGCUUAUGGAAAGAUAUCCUGGCAUUGCCAAUUCUGGAGAAGCUUGCUCUUGAUGAGCUUUUGUGUGGGAAGGUUCUACCUCAUGUUCGAAGUAUUGCAUCUAAUGUUCAUGAUGCUGUUACAAGAACCGAAAGAAUCAUUGCUUCUAUAUCUGGUGUGUGGGCUGGUCCAAGUGUUACUGGGGACCACAGCCAUAAGUUGCGACCUUUGGUGGAUCAUGUAAGGUCAUUGGGAAGGACAUUGGAGAAAAAGUAUGCAUCAGGUGUGACUGAAACUGAGACCAAUGGACUGGCCCGUAGAUUGAAGAAGAUGCUGGUUGAGCUGAAUGAUUAUGACAAUGCCAGGGACAUAGCUAGAACAUUCAGUCUUAGGGAGGCUUUGUGAAUAACAUGCAAUUGAGAGAGACUGAUCAUCUUGCCCCAUGAUUUAAAGAAUUGCUGGCGAGGUCCUUGUAUACAUUGACCUUCAAUCUGAAGGAGGUAAGUAGAGCACAGGAGGAUCAUAUCUAGAAUACUUGAAGGAAAUAUUGGGAUCUCUCUUGUGCACUCCACAUGGAGGAGCUGUGAGCAAAAAUGUGGAGUGAAUUCCUUGGACCUUUAAUCUUAUGAAAGCACUCUGAAAUCUUCAUCUCAGUUCACCUCGUUGUGUCUGUUGAAUGGUUGGCUGUCCAAAGUCCAAACAGGCCUCACAUGCUUUGUUGCGGGAGGUUCUCAAGUCUUUUGCAGUCUUGUAAAAUUUUUGCCUGGCAAUGUGUUUCUUUACAUGCUUGCCGGAGUAAAGUCUCCAUAGGCAAUACCCUUCUAAAACUAUAAUUUUGAUAUGAUUGGCUUUUUGGUCUUUUGUGAAUUCCAUCGUCAAUGAUGAUUAUUGGUUGACAGAA